AUUUACGGUAUAAUGUUAAAUAGGUUUUGUUCUACAUUGAAUGGUUUAACAUUUUGUUCGGUUGCAUAAGUUUCUCGUUGAAAAAAAAAACAACUCUUGGCGAUCUGAGUUUUGCGAGGUUGGAGAGGAAGAGAAUCUGGGAAAUUAGGGUUUUUUAAUUCUUUAUACAGCGGAGUUGGUGCUUUAAUUGCCGUGUGAAAACCCUAAAUUUGUUUACGGAGAGCUGGAACAGAAGUGGCUUGGUGGUCUGCGAUUCUAGGGUUUUUGGCUGAAAGAGAUUUCACGUUUCUUGGGUCUUAAGAUCUAUGGAGAUGGUUGGAAACGUAGUUCAUCUUCGAAGAAAGAGGAAGGCUUACGAUGCAGGGAGCAUUAAGGUGGCAUCCCUUCUAACUUUGAUCCCUUCUCUGAUGUUGUAGUAUAUUCAUCAACCGAAAAUAAAAAUGGAAGUUUAGUAAUGUAUUUUGCAGUUAGAGAAAAUGAAGCAUGAGAAGAAGAUUAUUUGUUGAAAACCCACCUCUAUAAUCUUGAUUCUCUGAUGUUGUAGUUUUAUCUAUCAACCAAAAGGAAAAAUGUAAGUGUUGUAAUGUAUUAUGCAGUUAGACAAGAGGAAGCUUGAGAAGAAGAUCUGUGGAAAGGGUUGUAGUAAUUUUUUACUUUGAUUAGUGUGCUGGCUCUUGUUGGAUAUCUGAACAUAGAGACUGAAACGAAAAGGGUAUUUGUUCCCAAAGCUUUUCUGGAUUUUAGUCAGUGUUUCUCAGACUUAGCAGAUAUGGGUGAGCAGAGUGAUGUGAGGGGGAGCUUAUGGUCUAACGAGGAAGAGAAGGCUAUGGCGGAAGCUGUUUUGGGUGCUGAAGUCUGUGACUUCUUGACUUCCCCAAGCUAUGUUUUACCAGAAUUGGUUACAGCCGCUGGCGACAAAAGUGUGCAGCAGGAGCUAUGCCAGCUUGUUGAAGGUUCGAAUUGGGCCUACGCCAUUUUCUGGCAGCUCUCAAGGUGUAAAUCUGGUGAGUUGGCCUUGGUAUGGGGAGACGGGCACUGCAGAGAACCCAGGGGAGACGAAAGAGAAGAAGAUGGAACCUCGGAGGAUUCUGAAUCACAUAAGAAGGUUGGAGGAGAGAAAGAGCAGGAGAUGAGGAAGCAGGUGCUUCAGAAGCUUCACUCCUAUGGUGGAUCAAAGGAGGAUAGCUGCACAGCACGGUUGGAUUCCGUUUCGGAUGUGAAGAUGUUCUACCUUACAUCUAUGUAUUAUUCAUUCAAACAUGAUGCCCAGGCUGGUCCUGCACUUUCGAUUGCCUCCCGUAGACCAAUUUGGGUUGUGGGCCAGAAGGUUUGUGCAGAUCAUUAUCAGUCAAGAUCAUAUUUGGCAAAAGCAGCUGGCUUUAGGACCCUGGUUUAUGUUCCAAUCGAUUCAGGGGUGCUCGAACUUGGUUCUGUAACACUCCAAGAAGAUCAAAAUGGCUUGCAGAUGAUUAAAACUUUACUCGGGGAUUCCAGUUCACGUCAGUCAACAUCAACAGCAACAGCAACAGCAACAACAACAACAACAACAUCGGCCCCAAAGAUCUUUGGCCAUGACCUUAGUUUGGGCAGUUCAAAUCCUCGUUCAAUCACUAUUAAUUUCUCUCCGAAGGUGGAAGAAGAUGAGGGUUUCCAAUUAGAAUCCUACAAUGUGCAAGCAGCAGUCCCUAGACAUGGUAAAACCAUAGCUAUGAGUAAAGAAAUGGGCACUAACCGAGUCGUUGGAACUUUCCCCAAUGGCUGCAGAAGUGAAGAAAAUGAAGUAAAACUGUUUGCACAGCCUAGACAGAUGGUCGUUGGGGCUCUAACCCAAUCAAGGGUUGGUGAACAAUCAAAGGAUGACAUGCUGCCUCGGCCUGAUGAGCGGAAACCUAGGAAAAGAGGGAGAAAGCCUGCUAAUGGGAGAGAGGAGCCGUUGAACCAUGUGGAAGCAGAGAGGCAAAGGCGGGAGAAGCUUAAUCAACGGUUUUAUGCAUUAAGAGCAGUUGUUCCCAACAUUUCAAAGAUGGACAAGGCCUCGUUGCUUGGAGAUGCCAUUACCCAUAUCACUGAUCUCCAAAUGAAGAUUAGGCUGUUGGAAACUGAAAAAGAGAUGGUGAAUGGAAACCAAAAGCAUUUACCUGCUCCGGAGAUUGAUGUUCAGACAAGGAAUGAGGACACUGUUGUUCGUGUCAGCUGCCCACUAGAUUCACACCCUAUCUCUAAAGUUAUCAAGGCAUUUAGAGAAAACGAAGUUAUGGUUCGAGAAUCAAAUGUUUCAACCACGGACAAUGACUCACUUCUUCAUACGUUUUCCAUCCGACCUCAAAAUGGUACAAGUGAACAUUUGAAGGAGAAGUUGGUUGCUGCCCUUUCAAGAUGACCUGAUUAGAAAAUUGUAAUAUUAGUUUCUGUGCAUCUUGCUUUUUUUUUCAAACUUUUUGUUGACCACUCCAAAGUGGCAAUUCCUGAUAUUGGAAUUGCUUGUACUGUACUGUGAAUGAAGUGUCGAUCAUUCUAAUAUAUUUGUGUGUCCAGCCUUUGCUGAGACUGUUAUAA